AUGGUGGCCAGCCUCUGUGGAACAGAGACGGCUGAAUCUCGGCAGAGCCAAGAGGCCAGCACAGGGAGCACUCAUUGCCCCAAAGCUGACUCUGUUGGUUUUGAGGAUAACUGUGGUCAGACUGCACAAGAAAUACCAGUGAAUGAAGUGCCAGAGGAUGAAGCUCUUUCUCCCACAUGUGUCACAGACAAACCCUCUGUUCUGCGAAUGCUCUUGCUGGGGGUCUUGAGUCUAGAAUAUCUGGAAGACCUGCACAUGGAAAAGAACCUGGUUGUAAGCAUCCCCAGAGACAUCAAUCGCUUGAGGCACAUGAAGAUCCUCUACUUGGAUCAGAAUCACAUACAGGACAUACGUGAAAAAACGGGGAUGCUGAAAUGUCUUCUAAUUUUAGAUUUAAGUAACAACCCCCUCUCUUGUAGAUUGCUGCCGGUUAUCAGCAAGUUGCCGUCCCUUUGUCAGCUCAGGCUCUGUAAAACAAACUUGCACGAAAUCCCAGUGCAGAUCUGUGAAUACCUCCAUCAUGUUGAACUGCUUGGCUUUUCUGACACUAAUCUCAGAAGUCUGCCUAAAGAAAUAGUGAACCUGACAAAACGCAAGGAAAUUUACCUCCAGAAAAAUAGAUAUAAAAGUUUUCCCAAGGAGCUUUGUCAUAUUGCUAAUUUAGAAAUAGAUCUGGAACAAAAUCUAAUGAGUCUCAUCCCAGAAGAGGUAGGCUUUUUGACAAACUUAGUUAAGCUAUUUUUAGCUUUUAAUAGCUUACCCUCCAUUCCUCCUACACUGCAACACUGCCAGAAGCUGGCUGUGCUGGAUCUGGCUCAUAAUCUCCUGCACAAGCUUCCCCCAGGUUUGAAGAAUCUCGCUGAAAUGAGAGUACUCAGGCUGUCUGGUAACAGCCUGAAGAAGUUCCCACACCAAAUCUGCUGCUGGCCAUCCCUUUCCUGUGUUUCUCUGAGGAACACCGGACUGCACGCAGCACCCGAGUCCUUCACCAGAUUAACCGGUGUCAGGAUACUAGAUCUGAGUGAAAAUUGCUUUGAUGAGAUUCCUAAAGGAAUAUGCACUAUGAAAAAUCUGGAAAUAUUGGCCCUGGAUGGCAACCACAUACGAUAGAUACCUGCGGAGGUAAAAGAACUGUCAAAUUUGAAAAGCCUUUGCCUGUCUGAAAACCAAUUCAGUAUCUUUCCAAAGGAAAUCUUUCUCCUAGAGUUAUUAGAGAGAUUAUACCUGGGACAAGAUAAAGGAAUUAAAUUCACAAGUCUGCCAGAAGACAUCAGCAAAUUGCAGAAUCUGAAAGAACUGCAUACAGAGAAUAAUUGUCUGAAGUACCUGCCUGCAGCCAUCGGCUGACUGACCCACUUGAAAAUACUUGACUGUCCCAACACUCUUAAACAGCUCCCAGACUCUGUAGGCCAAAUACAAGGUGAAAAGCGGGAAUGCUCCCCUUCAUUCCCGUUGUUUGUGUUUGCUUUUGUGUGUUCGGGUUUGCAAAACCUGCUUGUUCAGAAGAAUCACCUCUCCCAGCUGCCCAAGGAUUUGGACAGUCUUCACUAGCUGGAACUGGUCCUUGUGGAUGGGAACCCUAUGACAGACCCUCCGACUGAAAUGUGCUGUCAGGGAACAUCUGCCAGCUGGGAAUACUUAUGGGAAAAACGGUGUAAAAAGGCAAUGAACUUAAAAAUCCAAAGUUUGUGGCAUGGGUUGAUGAACCAGAAGGCAAUUGGACCUUUCUUGACACUUAAGAAUCUAAUGGAAAAAAAAAAGAAAGAAGGAAAAGAAAGCAAAAGGGAGAAGAGAAGCCUGUAA